AUGGAUCCUCACGAGGAGACAGAUAUGGCCUCCGAGCCCUUUAUCUCCAGCCACGAGGCACACGCUACUACAGAAGACAAUCCAAACAAAAUCCAUGCGACUCGAAUCCGCCGCUCAACAUACAUCGUUUUGCUUGUGCUGUUUUAUGCUGGUCUGGUCCUUUUCUCCUGGAUCGUGAUCUGCAAGCUCACAUAUCGUCCCAUCACUGCAAAUCAUUACGGUGUCUGGAUAUGGAACGAUCAGAAUAAUGGCUGGGGACGGUCACAUGCCGAUGUAAUCCAGGAUGAAUAUCACCGAAACGAGAGAUGGUACAAGGCGGCCCGAGUGAUCCAGUCGAUUGUCAGUGUGUUGACGAUUCUUUUGACGUCUGCUGUCUGCUCAAGCGCCGUCGUGGUCUAUCUUCAACACUGCGCUGGCGGCGGGCCAACCCCAAACUUCACACUCCGCCAGAUGACAGUGCUGGCGGACAAGGGUUGGACGAAUAUUGGGACAUACUUCCGGCUGGCGACAGGCCAAUGGACUCGCUACAGCAGCUCGCUUCUGGUUUGGGCGGUGUUGCUGCAUAUCCUUGGGGCCAUCAUCUCCCCACUACAACAGAUCUUCCUCUCCACAGAGACCAUCAAGACACCGACAUAUCCUAUGGAUGUGAAUUUCCUUCUCGAUAUACCAGACAAGUUCCAGGAGGGAGAAUCUGCCCAAGACGCAACUGUCGUCGUGGCUCGGAAAUCUCUUGCCUCCGCGUCAGGCAAUGAUUUCCCCUCCCAGCUCUGGGCUGGAAGUGACAAUUGCACUGCUCUGAAUGAGUUGACCGAGGCAAAGUCCAUGCUAUGCUCCCAGGGCGGAACAAGUUGGGGGAACUUAUCAUUGUUGUCCGACCCAUUUCUCACACAGCUCCCAAGGGAUUUUAACACCGGUCUUGUUCAACAGUUCCUUCCCCGGUUUAAUUUCACGGCCCACUAUGAGAAUAUCUCGGCCACAGAUUUCCCAACCGAUUGCGACACCAUACCUGGGGCUUUGUCUAUUCGACAGAGUAAUACGCCCAUUAAUAUGACCUAUGAGGUCCUUUCUUGGGCAGUCCAUGCCUGCAUGCCCACUGAUCUGCGAAUGUCGCCGUGGAAAAGCACUCGAGCCCGACAGGACUUUACAGAAGAGCUCUACCUCAAUGUCUCUCUUUCGGCCGACUUGCAAUACGAAAUCCGCGACGGUGAUUACUCAUCGCCAUUUUCCGAGUAUUUUCGUAUCACGGUCGAUACCACGGCCGGGUACUUCGAGCUGCCGAACUAUAUGAACGGCCAGAAAGCUGGGCCCCUUCUCAACGACGAUCCAAGCGCCGUGUGCGGGAAUUCUUGCGAACCGCAGGGCUUGACCUAUCCCGACAUCUACAACCAUCACGAGCCGAACGCCAAAAAGCGCGAGGAGGACAAUAUGCCAUCAAUCGAGGAUCUUGAACUAGUCCGCAACAAAGGCCCGCUCCUCACAACGGCCCUCGCCCUUUUUGGCCCCAACUCCUGGCUCGACCUCGUCAACAGAUACCCCGAUCUAUACCAACACAGAAACAUCACAGUGACCAACUACACCGAAAUCUGCAUCGACCUCGCUCCCCUGGGCAGGAUCUUUGACCUCAACAACCUCGGCAGCGUUAACAAUGCCGGUCUUCUAUUUGAGCGAAACUACAUCAACCAAUGUGUCUUUCCAGUGUCUCCUGGCGGGAUAAAAGGGUGGAAUACCGCGCGGAGUGCGGGAUCCUGGCUAUAUAACUUCCGAGCAGGCACUGCAGCCGGGCAGGCCGGGAACGCGUUUUUGGCCAACGCGUUUACUAUCGCGGCGUAUCUGGCCAAUAUGGCUUGGAUAUCGGAGGGGGAAUCCGUUGCGAAUUCCUUGACGGUGACUUAUGAUCUCGGGGCGGAUUCGCAGAAACCGUCGAUCUCGCUUGCGGGGAUGAUCGUGGUGUCUCUCUUGAUUGGGCUUGAUCUGUUGGGGCUGUUGGCGACGGCGGUUUAUGCGAGUUGGUUUCCGCGUUGGACGGGAUCGUUGGAUGCGUUUAGUUUGUUGAGGCUUGGUGGCUCGAUUAGCGAGCGUGUGCCUCUCAAAGUCUCGGUUGAGGACGAUGAGGUUCGUGUCCUGGAUGAAUUACCCGGCUGGGUGGGUAAUGAUGCUCGGGACGAGAAUGAUGCUCAGGGUGAGAAGGUUGGACGUAUUGUGCUAGGUGGAUCAGGGCGGUUCCAGACGAAGAUGGUGCUAUCACCACAGGCUUGCCAGCAGACUGGCCUGCAGGGCAGAGCAUUUGGCUCCGUCAGAACCAAGGCGACUCGUAGCGCCGCAGUCGCUCCUCCCAAGCAUCUCCUUGUCUACGACAUCCCCACCCACUGCAAAGCCGGGGUCGUCGUCAAUGAAGGCCCCGACUUCCAACUCAAGGUGGAAAUGGUCCCGGUGCCAGAGCCAGGCCCCGAUGACGUCCUCAUCCGACUCAACGUCACCGGCCUCUGCUCAUCCGACAUCCACAUGAUGAAGAACGACCUCGGCACCCCGCCCAUGUCGUUCUUCGGCGUCCGGUCCCCCGGCCACGAGGGCGCAGGCAUCGUCGUCAAGACGGGCGCCAACGUCCGGAACUUCAAGGUCGGCGAUCGCGCGGGCAUCAAGCCGCUGACGGAUACAUGCGGGUCGUGCGAGUUGUGCUGGGGCGACAAGGAGACGUACUGCCGGACAGCCGUGCAUACGGGACUGAUGACCGCAGGCACAUACCAGCAAUACAUCGUCUCGCCCGCCCGCUACGCGUCGCCCAUCCCCGACGGCGUCCCCGACGAGAUCGCCGCCCCGGUCAUGUGUAGCGCCUCGACGAUCUACCGCUCGCUGGUGGAGUCGGGGCUCCGACCGGGCGACUGGGCCGUUUUCCCCGGCGGGGGCGGCGGCGUGGGGAUCCAGGGCGUGCAGCUCGCCAAGGCGAUGGGGAUGCGGCCCAUCGUGGUGGACACGGGGGCCGCGAAGCGCGCGCUGGCGGUGGAGAUGGGUGCGGAGGCCUUUGUGGAUUUUGCCGAGACGAAGGACACCACGGCUGCGGUCGUCGCGGCGGCGGACGGGCUCGGCGCGCACGGUGUGUUCGUCACGGCGCCGGCGGCUUAUCGGUCUGCGCUGUCGUUUGUGGGAGACCGUGUUGGGGCGGUUGUCAUGUGCAUUGGGCUGGCGCCGGCCAAGACGAUGGUUGUUGGCGAUGAUCCCAACCGGUUCAUUUUCAACAAUCUGACGAUCAAGGGGACGCUGGUGGGCAGUCGCAGGGAUACGGCGGCCGCGCUGGACUUUGCGCGACGGGGGAUGCUGAAGCAGAUUUGCGAGGUGUAUCCGAUCGACCAAUUACCGGAGGCUGUGGAAAGGCUGCGAAGGGGAGAGGUUGCAGGCAGAAUCGUGGUCGAUUUUAACCGGUGA